UCGAUCCACAGACUGGUUUCACAUUUCUCUUGAACGCAAACAACACUGGCGUCCGGGCGCUGUUGCGGUACCAGUCGUGACCGCCCGACUCUGGCUUUUCACGGCUCACAGAUGUAAUUCGUCGCGUAUCUCCGACUGGAACCGACCAAUUUACAGCCAUUAACAACUGGGCUACGGUUAGGACGUAUUCUUACAGUCAUACUGUAAAAAAAUAUCAGCGACUUUUUCGAAGCCAUCCGGCCAGCUAAUGUGAGUUAGCAGGUCAGAUGUGGUUUUCAGAGACUCAGAGAGCCAGUAGACGAGCUUCUCGGCGGUGAUUUUGCGCUUGGAUCGUUUGUUUGUCACCUCGUGAUGACGUCGAGUGUUUGAUUUGGUUUUGAAACGGACAUGUUGACACCUGUAUGACGGAUCAUUACUCGGAGUAACGCUUAUCUGAGCGCUGCUGAGUUGGCUAACUGGAAGGAGCAGCUCGAUAACUUGCUGUUAAGUUUGUAUGUGUGUGUGCGCGCGCGUGUGCGUGUAUGUAUUUGUGUGUAUGUGUGUGCGUGCGUGCGUGUGCUGAGCGGGACUUUCAUGUCUUAACUCAGGCUUGAGGAGAAAUAAACUGGACUUAACUUUUGAAAUUACAGAUGCACAACAGUAUACAGCCGAGCACUGAUUGAUAGUCACGGCUAAAUUAGGGACCCUUUUGCCACCCGGCCUAAUAAAACUUGGGAGUCCUCGGACUCGAUUUUGCACAUUUGCGCUGGGAACAGUUUUGUGAUUUUUCAUCAGCUGACCGGUUCAGAUUAAGCUGUCUUAAUGCAAAAAAAUUAUUCAUACCUUUUUAUUGGAAGAAAAUCCCAUAGGAAGUCGGCAUUAAAUGUUGACAUUCGCCAAUAGGGUCCGUCGAAAAUUUAAACAAAAUUCACGCUCCUUCUGAGAAUAGUAAACAAACUAUGGCUUAAUGACAGGACUUUUUAAAAAAAGCUAAUCUGUACUGAUUUGGGGACUCACACCGAGCUCAGGGUGCUCUUUACAAGUUGGACUUCGGACACUUCUCAUCGUGCUGUGCAGAUGUCACUUUUGAUUGAACUGUGAGAGCUGAGAACACGUUCAGUUUCAGAAAAUAAACCGUGAAAUCCAACCUCAGAAGAUGUCGACCAGGAAACCGCUUGCAACUGGCCAGUCUCGCUCCGAGCAGCCCCACAUCGGCUGCUACAGACUCCUGAAAACCCUCGGCAAAGGCAACUUCGCCAAGGUCAAACUGGCCAAGCACGUCCUCACUGACAAAGAGGUGGCGGUGAAAAUCAUAGACAAGGCUCAGCUCAACUCCUCCAGUCUUCAAAAGCUAUUUCGGGAAGUGAGGAUCAUGAAGCUCUUGAAUCACCCAAAUAUUGUGAAGUUAUUUGAAGUCAUUGAGACAGACAAGACGCUCUAACUUGGUGAUGGAAUAUGCCAGCGGAGGUGAGGUGUUUGAUUACCUCGUAGCCCACGGCAGAAUGAAAGAGAAAGAGGCUCGAGCCAAAUUCAGACAGAUUGUAUCAGCG